AUGUCUUUUUCAAAAUCUCAGGGAAAGAAACAAGAAGGCUCAGCUCAGAACGGUGGUAAUGGUGGCCAUCAACAAAAGCAACAAAAUCGCAGCAAUAACAGCAAUAAGAAGUGGGCCAACAACAACAAUAGUGCUGCUGGCACCGCUCGUAACAACCACGCGUCAACAACAACAGCAACAGGUAUUGAACAAGACGCUACUACAACAAAGCAACUUCAUGACCGAAUGCUUUUUCUGCUUGGUAAUUUAACAGGCACACUGGUGGAAGCAACUGUAAAAGACGGAUGCAAGUUCAAAGGUAUCUUUCAUGGCGCUUCAACAGAAGGUGAUUUAGGCAUUGCCUUGAAAUUAGCACAAAAGAUUUACGAUCCCAAUGCACCUAUCGACAAGGACAAGACCAACCCCAAUCCCAUCAAAAACACCUUGCUGAUUUUCUCCAAUGAUUUGGUCGAGAUAAAUGCUGUCAAUGUGGAUUUCUCUAGCAGCUGUGGUACCGAGACAAAUGAUCGUAAUACCUUCAAAACCGACACAGAUAUCAGUGGAAGAUUGGACAUCAAAGAACGUGAAUUACAUAAAUGGGCACCCACCGAAGACGAUCACAAUGGGCCAUUGGAGGGAGGUUUAGAAUUAAACGACAAUGAUGCUCAUGGAGGUGGAUCAUGGGACCAAUUUGCUGCCAACGAGAAACUGUUUGGUCUCAAGACAGAUUUUGAUGAAGAAAUUUACACCACACCUUUAAACAGAUCUGCUCCUGGAUACAAGGAUCGCGAGAAACGUGCUAUUAAAAUGGCAAACGAGAUUCAAAAGACGGCAACCACCAAUGUACACAUGCUGGAGGAACGUGGUUUGGCGAUUGAUGAUAGUGGCAUGGAUGAAGAGGAUUUGUAUGGUGCUGUUGUGCGUGAGGGUGUUAGUAACCCCAACAAGUAUGUACCUCCUGCUCUUCGCAAGCUUCAACAACAGCAGCAACAGCAACAAACUCAAAAGAAGGAAAAACCUGUUGCUGCUGGCAAUCCACUCAACAAGCUCAUUACUUCAGAUUUGCCUAAAGCUGCCUCCAACCCCUCACCUAUUGCCAAUCUCCCCACCACGCGUCGUGAGUCCAGUGAAAAGAACAACUCGGGAAGCAAUGAGCCACCUAAGCGUAUUGAAGCUGAAAUUGCAACUACAUUUAGGCAUUUUGCUAUGAUGGAAAAGGACAAGUUGCAUGCAAAGAAACAAGCACUACAGAAAAAGGAAAAGGAUGGUCGUUUAGCGGAACUCAAGGCAUUUCAUCAAUCUUUCAAGUUGAAUGUGCCUAUUCCUGCUGAUUUGGUGCCAUUGCUAUCUAAAAAGAAGGCGCCCAUCUCAAAUGAACAGGUGAGCAGUGAUUCUGCCAACAACAGGAACAUUGCGUCGCCUGUCAAAAAGAUCUCAACACCUCCUCUUCAACAAGCUACGACCGCCACGCCUGCAGCAACAGCAACAACAGCAAAGAAAGUGUCAUCGCCAGCUCCUCCUGCAGUGGCCUCUCCUACUACUUCUCCUGCUCCUUCAUCACCUGCACCCGCAACCACUACUGCUACAACCACAACGACAACUACCACUGCACCUUCCUCAGCAACAUCCAAUUCUUUCAAAUUCAAUGUAAAAGCCUCUUCCUUUAAACCAAACCCAUCUGCUGCAGCUUUUGUUCCUGGAGGUGGAGCUACUGCUGCCAGUAGAUCGCCUGCGCCUGUUCAUAUGGGUAUGCCCAUGCCACAUCAUACAUCCACCACAACAACUGACGAUAAUAGCCAUCCUCAUACCUUCUUUGGCGGCGGUAAUGGACGUCAGAGCAAGAAAGGUAAUGGACCUGUUGAACACCUAACGAUGACAGAAGCCUUUGUUCCCUCCUUCAUUGACAAGAACAUACCAGCAAGCUCUGUUGGACCUACUUGGCCAUUUGGACAUAAAUCCUAUCGUGUGCAGUUUAGUCAAUUUGGCUACGAUGAAGAUGUCUACAGCUACCCUUCACCCAACUAUGGCUACUAUCCUACGCAGUACCGAUAUCCUUUCCCUCAUCACCAGAUGCCAUAUCCUCAAUUUGUUCAACCACCUCCUAUGCCACCUGGUGCCUACAGCCCUCAGAUGGCCAAUGUAUCGCCCCAUGGCUCACCCUUCCCGCCUCCACCUCCUUCUGUCGCUGUUCCUGCUCCUCCUCCACCUCAACAAGUGCCACCCCAAGGCUACCCUUCGCCGCAACAACGAUCCCCCAUGGUACCACAACAAAUGCCUCCACCUCAACUCUAUCAAUAUGGCGGCGGUGCUCCCAUGAUGAUGCGUUAUCCUCCUGAUAUGAUGAUGCAAAGGCCUGUGAUGGUCGAGACGGUGCCUUACUCUCCUCACCAUCCACAACAACAACAACAACAGCAACAACAACAAGAUACACCAGGUAAUUAG